GCCCAUUUUUAUUCUUGUCCCGUCCGUUUGAAGAAUCGACACCCAGAAUUUUAGCAUCUGUCAGAUGACGGGGCGUGCCUCAGCGUAGCAAUUCCAUUUGUUCCCGACCUCGAUCUCGACCGCGACCUUACCUGCGGGAGUGCUUCGCACAACGUUCGAUCGUCCCGUGUGGCGACAAGGACAUGGUCUGGGGAAUAAGAUCCGUAGGCGAACUGGAUAUUACGUCCGCCACUUUGAUUAUUUCGACAUUUUUCACCUGUUAAUCAUCCCAAGAUAGCGUAGUGUCAACAGCCAAACUUCGACCAUGACUACAAAUCCCUCGCUGGCAAAAAUCAACAUUCUCUUCUGUCAAUCAUCCCAAUACUGCUCGUACAUGCGGUCACGAUGAAGUUUGGUCAAGAUUUUGAGGCAGCGCUCUCGCGUGAGGAGUUUCCUCAAGAGUGGAUUAACUCUGCCAUUUCUUACAAAAAGCUGAAAAAGUGUAUCAAACGAGUCCAGGAAGAACUCGCCUCUCUCGGUCUCGAUAAAGAAACUCUUGACGCUUUGUGGCAGCAUGUCGGAUCUGGCGACACCGAGAUUGGAGGCUCGCUGGGUGAAAGGCUGAUGCAGUAUUCGGUCGAUGGGAGCGAGAAAGUCAGCUUUACACCAAGAUUGACCAUUGUCAUUGAUCCACGCGAUGGCUCCCCCAUGGAUGCUUGUUUGGCGCCGGACACUCGUCGAGUUUUGCAACGCCUCGCACGGAAUUCCAGAGCCUCAGUUUCGGGUCCAUCUCGACGGGAUGAUUCUUCCCCAGCUCAGCCAAGAGUGGCCGAUGGGUCAUUACAAGACAAUACAGCUCAAGAUCCCGCAUUUCAGAAUGCCGACGUGAUGUCUGAAGAAGAUGAACUACAACCUCAAACAAUUGAAAUACCCUUGACAUCAGACUCCGAGUUCUUUCAGAUCCUAAAGCGGGAAUUGGCUGAUCUCGACCGCUUGCAAGACUCGGAGCAGACUCAGCUACAGGAGGAAAUCCUCAAACUUGGUGCCCAACUACGCGACUUGAAAUCAGAAAAGACCAAACGCUCUAAGCAGGAAAUUGAGAUUUGGCGCAAGAUUUUCGAGCUCUACGCAGAAGCUGAAAUCUUCAUGUCGUCCCACGAAGCGGAUGCCGGUGCCAGAGAUGCUGAACGCGCGCAACUACAGUAUUCCAACUUUAACCAAAGUCUAAAAAAACAGCAGAAGGAAGUUCGAAGACUCGGGAAGGACGCCAGUGCCGCCUUGGAACGCUUCCUAGGCAUCAAUAGCAACUUGAUCCGACUGAUCAAAUUCCAGGAGAUCAACAAAACGGCACUCUCCAAGAUCAUGAAGAAAUUCGACAAGCGCACGGCACUGCACGCACGAUCAACCGUGUCGGAUACGCUGAUCAAGUCACCAUUCAUGGCACAAAACCUGGCCAAAGCCACUUGUUUCACCAUUUCGCAAGAAUUACUCAAUAUUAUCCCGCAACUGAACGACUAUUUGUGCCCGGUAUGCUUCAGCAUUUCUUACAAGCCGAUCCGGUUAAAGUGUGGUCACAUUUUCUGCAUAAGGUGUAUGGUCGUCAUGCAGAGAGAGGAAAAGGACCACUGUCCUCUUUGUAGACAACCAGUGGUCCUUGAAGCUUCAAGUGCUAACGUGGACCGAGAAUUACUCAAAUUCAUGAAGGCCAAUUUCAAGUCGGAAGUCAAGGCUAAACAAAGGGAUAACGAGAUCCAAGCUGGUAUCGAUCGAUGGGGAGCACAAUACGAGAAUUCCAAGAAGUGCAACGUCAUGUAAUCAAUUUUGUCGAGCGUACAGAAAAUCACCUAUCCUUAAUACUAUCUGAUGAGAACACCAACUUGGCCAGGGCUUCACCCAUUCAGGAUCAGGUCUCUGCGGCUUUCUCAUCUUUACCUUCGACGGCGUCAAUGGCAUCUUGAAGAAUGAUUUUGGUCAUUUUCAUGAAAGCCUGCAUUGCCUUCCAACGAUUCUCUGGAGGAGCUCCGCUCAUGAGCUUCAUGAGGUCCUUGGGAACAACCUGCCACGAUAUACCAUACUUGUCCUUCAACCAACCACAUUUCUGAGCAGUCUCGUCGCCCCCUUCGCUCAACUUAUUCCAGUAAUGAUCGAUCUCCUCCUGAUCGUCGCACAUGACCUGGAAGCUAAUUGCUUCGGUAAAGUGGAUUUCGGCAGGUUUGGAAUUCAAGGCCGUGAAACGUUGCCCGUUGAGGCUGAAUAGAACGAACAUGACGGAACCGGCCGGCUGCUUAUGGAUCUCUGUACCUGCCUCUGGGAAGCGAGUUGUUUCAUCGAUGGAGGAAUUUGGAAAGAUGGAAGUAUAGAACUUCGCCGCCUCUUCGGCUUGGUCCUCGAAGAAGAGACAAUUGACGAAGUUGCUGGAUUUGGAAAGUGCAGACAUGAUGUUUCAUGCCUCAGUCUUCUACUACUGAACAUCCCUGUUCACGUCAGGCAACAGCUGCGCCAAGGCCGGUAGGACCUCGUAUUCAUGCCACUACAAUAGUGCCGACUUGGAGGACAUUGAAAAUCAACCAGAAGAGAAUGACAAUGUAAUAGCCAUUAUGGAAGUGUUGUUGCUCUAUGUCCACCACAAUUGAUGUUAUUGGCCCCAAUGGCGGUUGCUGCCUGUGCCAAGCCAUACCCCUUCCACCACCCUUGUCAAAAUCGCUCAUCAUUUCUUCAACGCCGUCACUGUCGAGCCAUCUGGGGUGCCGACCUUGAGCGACAAACCGGCUCGUUUCUCCCAGCUCUUCAAGAGUUCAGUGUGGUCGGCCGUCGGCUCAAGUCCCUCUUGGGCUUCCUUGAAAUACUUGAGGAUCAAGUCGGGCAUAUCGGUAUCGAAGUUGACCUUUUCAAAUAGUUCCUUGGAGAUACCAAUAUCCUUCACAAGCAGAGCAAGUUGGUACCCGGUCGCGUAUUUCUUGGGCAGUGCAUCAGUUGCAUAGCUAUCUGAUGUGGAAAAGUUCCGGCCUGUUCCAACAUUGAGAACAUCAAUCAUCUGGACAGGGUCGAGGCCGUAUUUCUGUCCUGCCACCAGCGCAUCCGACAAGGCGAUGAUUGAUCCAGCACUGGUGUAAUUGUUCAAUGUCUUCAUGGCGUGACCAGCACCCAACUUACCCAUGUGGAAGACCCAUUUCGCCAUGGCCUGGAGAACGGGCAGGACUCUGUCAAAGGCCUCCUGAGUGUCUGAUCCCACCAUGAGCGUGGCCUCACCAAUAUCGGUGUCGUGGAGUCGUCUCUGCGUGACUGGUGCGUCGACCAGAACCAAGCCCAGAUCUGCCAGGUCCUUGCCGAGGCUCUGGGUGUCGUAUGGUGAAGACGACGAUGUGUCGACGAUAAUGCAUCCUAAACACAAGUAUUUAUAUCAAUAUAUAUUCUUUUAUGUCGUUGUCUGUUGUACGGUAUUAAACUUACCCUUUUUCAAACCCUUGGCGAUUCCAUUCUCUCCCAAUACCACUUCCCUCACGACUUUUCCUUGC